CCGGUGGAGCCACCGCAGCCCGACUCGCCGCAGCCACCUCUCGUCCUGCCGUGGUCGCCGAGGAGACCCCGGCCGUGUGCAGCCGCCCCGCACCCCCUUCCCUGCAGCCUGCGCUGCCCGCGGAGCCGCCAUGAGCUGGGGCGCGGAGCUGUGGGAUCAAUUUGAUAACUUAGACAAGCAUACGCAGUGGGGCAUUGACUUCUUGGAGAGAUAUGCAAAGUUUGUAAAAGAAAGGAUAGAGAUUGAACAAAACUAUGCAAAACAAUUAAGAAAUCUGGUUAAGAAGUACUGUCCCAAACGUUCAUCAAAAGAUGAAGAGCCCAGGUUUACAUCAUGUCUAGCCUUUUUUAACAUCCUUAAUGAGUUAAAUGACUACGCAGGACAACGAGAAGUAGUAGCAGAAGAAAUGGGACACAGAGUGUAUGGAGAACUAAUGAGAUAUUCUCAUGAUCUAAAAACAGAAAGAAAAAUGCAUCUUCAGGAGGGACGAAAAGCUCAGCAGUAUCUUGACAUGUGCUGGAAACAGAUGGAUAAUAGCAAAAAGAAAUUUGAAAGAGAGUGCAGAGAGGCAGAAAAGGCACAGCAAAGCUAUGAAAGACUGGACAACGACACCAAUGCAACCAAGGCCGAUGUUGAGAAGGCUAAGCAACAAUUAAACCUGCGUACACACAUGGCAGAUGAAAACAAAAAUGAAUAUGCUGCACAACUACAGAACUUUAAUGGAGAGCAACACAAACAUUACCACAUUGUCAUUCCUCAGAUUUACAAGCAUCUUCAAGAAAUGGAUGAACGGAGGACCAUCAAGCUUAGUGAAUGUUAUAAAGGUUUUGCUGAUUCUGAGCGCAAAGUUAUUCCCAUAAUCUCUAAAUGUUUAGAAGGAAUGAUUCUUGCAGCAAAAUCAGUUGAUGAACGCAGAGAUUCUCAAAUAGUGAUAGACUCCUUCAAGUCUGGGUUUGAACCUCCUGGAGACUUCCCAUUUGAAGAUUACAGUCAGCAUAUUUACAGGACUGUCUCUGAUGGAACCAUCAGUACACCAAAGCAGGAAGGAAUGAAGAUCGAUCCAAAAACCACUGUGGGCAAGGCUAAGGGCAAGCUGUGGCUUUUUGGAAAGAAGCCAAAGCCACAGUCCCCACCCCUUACCCCUACUAGUUUAUACACAUCCACUUCUCCUAAUGGGUCCCAGUAUCCCAUAUUCUCCAUUGAACCAGUGCAUUAUUGCAUGAGUGACAUAAAAACAGGGAAGCCCAGAAUUCCUUCUUUCAGAAGCCUCAAAAGAGGGUGGUCGGUGAAGAUGGGUCCCGCUCUAGAAGAUUUUAGUCAUCUGCCUCCAGAACAAAGACGUAAGAAACUGCAGCAGAGAAUUGAUGAACUCAACAGAGAACUACAGAAAGAAACAGACCAAAAGGAUGCACUCAUCAAAAUGAAAGAUGUUUAUGAGAAGAAUCCACAGAUGGGGGAUCCAGGCAGUUUGCAGCCAAAAUUAGCUGAAACUAUGAGCAACAUGGAUCGUCUUCGAAUGGAAAUACACAAGAAUGAGGCCUGGCUCUCUGAAGUUGAAGGUAAAGUAGCAGCAAGAGGAGACAGAAGGCACAGCAGUGACAUCAACCACCUUGUAACACAGGGAAGAGAGAGCCCUGAGGGAAGCUACACGGAUGACGCAAACCAGGAAGUUCGAGGUCCACCACAACAGCAUGCCCACCAUAAUGAAUUUGAUGAUGAAUUUGAAGAUGAUGAUCCCUUACCAGCUAUAGGACACUGCAAAGCAAUUUAUCCUUUUGAUGGUCACAAUGAAGGCACUCUGGCAAUGAAAGAAGGGGAGGUUUUGUACGUUAUCGAGGAAGACAAAGGAGAUGGAUGGACAAGAGCUCGAAGACAGAAUGGAGAGGAAGGCUAUGUGCCAACAUCAUACAUAGAUGUAACUCUAGAGAAAAACAGUAAAGGUUCCUGAAGCGGGUUUCUGAGAAAAUGGGCGAGAUGUUGAAGGAGGUUACAUGCAGCUGCUUUUGGGGGAGGGCAUUAGGCUGGGAGGCCCAGCAAAAAGAGGGAAAAGCAAGUUGCAUGAAUGCAUGCAGACAUACAUUUGUUCACUAACAUUCUUGGCAUUUCCAUACAUAUGUUCUGAAUUGUUACAAAUUCUUAAAUUUCUGAAGCAAAAGAGAACUCCAUUAUGGCAGAAUAGAAAGGCAACUAGAUUUUAAAUACUUCAGUCUCAUUUUCCUAAAAGACAUACAAACUAUUCAUCAGUUUGUAUUACAGUUUGGCUGUCUCAGCUGUCUUCUUUUUCUACCCCAUUUUAAUUGGCAGUCAGAACCACGUCAUUUGUCCACAUCUGCCAGUGCCACCUUCAUGCUCGCCCUAACCUCCUCCUGCAUGUCUAAAAUUGUCAGACACCGCUACAUAACACUUUAUUAUCUCCAUUGCUUCUUAUUUUAUUUUGCAUUUGUAGCAAAACCACUUUGUUUAAAUAUUUCCAGCACUAAAGUUUUCAUCCCAGUGUCCAUGUUUGCUGCUAUAACUAUUCCAAUGCAACCAUCAUUACAUUCCAGUUUUCUUGGCAUUAUAACUGAUGUAAACCUUUAUGUAUUUAUGUUGAUUUGGGGAAAAGACUAUAUCUCAGCUCUAGCCCCUGAUGUAGUCACAGGAUCUCCAAGAACUGUGGUUCAUCUUCAGCACUUCAGUAACCUAUUGUGAGCACUGAAAACCUGGCAUAACAACAAAGAGAUUCACCACAACAAGACAAAUGACUGUUUUUAGAAGUCAACUGCUUGCCAUUCAAAUGCUGCCUUAAAACUAGAGAGUGCCUAAAUCUGUUGAUUGCCAAUCCUACCACUACAGUAUCCCACAAAGGGCUUUGUGUCUCAGCUCAGUAUGACCACCUGUAACUCAUUCCAAAGUGUAGCAGCUGCUGAGGUAGGCAGGGUAGGUGUUUGUUUUCUAGAGCUUUACCUUAACAUAAUACAUGGUGCAUCAUAAAUUUUAUGCAUUGAAACUAAAGAUGUCUAAAAAACUGUAUGGAAACUUUGAUUGUUUUUUAAUUUUGGGUUAUGAGGCUCCAGUGGUAGUCUGUUUUUAGGUGAUGCUUCAUUGUAUGGACCAGUUGAAAUUUGAGUGAUACUUUGUAAUGAUCUAUGUGCACUUUUACUUGUAAACAAUUGACAUUUGGAUAUGUUUAUACGUGUAAAUAUAGCUGGCUGCAGUGCCCCUAUUGCUUAUGGUGUCUUUUCUCCCAUUUGUGAUUCUAUUAAUAAAAUAAAUCUGAUCUGAUUCAGUGGUGAACACUAGAGUAGAGGGAGGGAGAUUUGUAUCAUUUAAAGCUUCAUAAGCCCAACCACUUGCUGUUUGGGGAAUGAGAUAAAAUUGGCUCUUUCACAGGGUUUGAAGCAAUACUUGGACACAGCAGUGCUGGAUUCCUUUUUUUUCAUUUGUUUGUUUUGGUAAAUGAAAAUUCAGUGUUGUUAGAAAUUGUACUACCAGUAAUACUAAAUCUGAGUGAUUUCUUGUGUGGAAGUGUAUUCCUUUAUGUAUACCACUAUUACACAGCUGACCUAGUGUAUUACAUUUGGGGGCUAUUAAACUCGUUUAGAUUUUUGGAUAUUGUAUACAGGGUUAUUUAUAUAAGGUGACAUUACUCAAUACUGACAAACUACAUAAUGUAGUUU